UCUUACUCAAUCUGGACACUUGUCGUGGAGUGUUUACUUUUUGUCUCGGAUGAAACAGGAUUUUUCCUUCCCCCUUUGUAGUUUGUCUUUAAAUUGUGUUGCAAAUUUUUUAAGUAAAUUCAAUUCCUUGUUUAAUGUUUUGGCUUCCCCUAUUUUAAACCUUAAGGUCCUUUUUGCAGGCUUGGCUUACUACCAUCUCAUUGGCCCUCUGCAAGGCUUUUGAUCUGCUGGAAAUGCUUAAGAAGGAGGAAGAAAUGCUAUCUGCCAUUAACGAGAAGAAGUUACAGGAAGGGGACGGGGAAGUUUCACCAGCUAUUCUUGAUGAACGCGCUAAGAAAGCUGAGGCUUGGCAUCGUGAUGCAGCUUCUCGGGCUAGAUUCACAAAACCAGCUGCCCCCAUCACAUGUGCUACUUUUGCUCAGGAUGUUAUCGAAGGAAGAAAGAGGGUUUCAGAUGCCCAUGAGCACAAACAUCAGCCAAUGAUAUUUGGACCAGCAAGUCUUGUUGCCAAAAACCCAACAAGUGAGCGGGAAAGGCUUGCUGCACAAGUUUUCCAGCCUCAUUACAGGCUGCCAACCAUGAGCAUCGAGGAAGCUGGGCUAAAGGAGAUGGAGAUCAUGAACAAAUGGCAGGAGAGAAAUGCGAAGCUUAUGGAAGAAGCCAAUUCAUCAUGGUAUAAGGACAAGUUAAGACCUGGUGAAGAUGAGGAGGAGGACGAUGAUGCAGCUCAAGAAAAGGCAAGGCAGUGGGAUGACUGGAAAGAUGAUAACCCACGUGGUGCUGGCAACAAGAAGCUAACCCCUUGCGGUUAAUAUAAGAGUGAGAUUUUACAUCAUCCCUGAUGCAGCCAACAGCUAAUCUCCAAGGGUUAGAAGUCCUGGCACUGGAACACAUUUUCAUCUUGAAGUUAUUCUAAUUUGGUUUUUCUAUAGUUUUUAAGUCUUUUUAUGGAAUAUUUUGGAUCGUAGGAGAUAUCUGUGCGAUGGUUGGAUUUUAACUAGGAGUACUUUUUAUAUUAGUUCCAAAGGCAGGAUGGGACUGUAGCUCGUUUUAACGAGUUGUAGGUUUGGAGUCGGCGUCAGUUCACGGUAGGCUUUCUUGAUUCUUUGCUAUUGCUACUUGAUUAUCGUGUCUCAGUCUUCUCUAAAUUUCCAUCUACUGCCUACGUAUUUGUUAACCGUCCUUAGUCUGUUGCUUCAGUCUGUUUCUUUGUUGUUGAUGCUAUUAGAGUAUUCGUUGGGAAUUUUGUAAAAGAUUCUUGUGAAAAAUGAAGUAUAAGAUUUCACUUUAGCACUA